CCUCACCCACCCCCAAAAAUGUCAUCCGAUUGUAGUACCGUCGACGCCCGCGAUCAGUUCAAUCAUCUACGCAUCGCGUCCAUUUUCAUCGUCCUCAUCGGCUCUUGUUCCGGUGCUCUCUUCCCUGUCCUCGCUAAGCGGUCAUCAUGGCUGCACGUCCCCAAAGCCGUCUUCGACUUCGCAAAAUACUUCGGAUCUGGGGUUAUCAUCGCUACGGCAUUCAUCCAUCUUCUCUCACCAGCAUUAGACGAGCUUGGUUCUCCCUGUCUGGCUCCCGGCUGGUCUGAAUAUCCUUACGCCUUGGCCCUGUGCCUCCUGAGCGUAUUCUCGAUAUUUAUCGUCGAGCUCAUCGCCUUUAGGUGGGGAACAUCGAAGCUCAAGAAAAUCGGAAAAUCACACGACGCGCAUGGCCACCACACUGGAUCUCAUGCUGCCCACGGGCCGGAAUUUAAGGAAGAGCAACCUCAAGCGCUGCAGAAAGAGGACAGUUUGGAGAUUGAUAAAGAGUCCCAGGGCCACCAUCAUGGGCACUCUUUUGAUGACUCGGCGGCAACGCAAAUUAUCGGAGUGGCAAUUCUUGAAUUCGGUGUUCUUCUUCACAGCGUCUUGAUUGGUCUAACUCUAGCGGUUGACCAGGCAUUCAAAGUGCUAUUCGUCGUCGUCAUCUUCCACCAAAUGUUUGAAGGAUUGGGAAUCGGAUCACGGUUGGCUAACCUGCAGCUCCCGUCUCGAUUUAACUGGGUUCCACUCCUUGGCGCCAUCUUGUACGGGGUCACAACUCCCAUUGGGAUCGCUAUCGGACUCGGGAUAAAAGGUUCAUAUAACCCCGGAAGCGCAACGGCUUCGAUAGUCAGCGGCGUCCUUGACGCGCUGAGUUCUGGCAUCCUUCUGUACACUGGGCUGGUGGAGUUGCUUGCACAUGAAUUCCUCUUUAACCGAGAAAUGAUGGACGCUUCCAAUGGAAAACUUGUGUACGCCUUAGGCUCGAUGUUGGCCGGCUGCGCUAUCAUGGCGCUCCUUGGGAAAUGGGCCUAGCUUCACCCUUAGAAGGAAUUGAAAAUACAUUCGAUCGACUCUGUCC